GUAGUUGAUGACAACCAGCAUUUUGAUAUCUCCAAUCAACGGUCUAGUACUUCUUCCACCUGGGCAGCUGCUGCAACCGCUCGACACGGUGGAAUCACCCGCCCGCUACAAGCGGCAACAAGUAGAGCCCAGCAAAUUUUUGAGAGCAGCAACAGCGCGUCUGCGUCAUCCUCAUCACACCCGGCUGCCACGUCCAGCGAUGCGUGUCCAUCGGUGGCCGUUGUUAUUUCAACAACUACGCCGUCAUCAACGACUUCGCCGUCGACGCGGAGACGGUUUAAAAGUGAUAUUACUGUGCGAGUAGAUACACAUACAAUUCCUCGUGAGCCGCCCCUAUCUACUUCGAUGUUGGAAGCCAGAACCACUACCACACACCGAUCGCCCCGAGCUUCCGAUGAACAAGAUGAUUUUGCUGCGCCAGCUUUUUUACCGAGAAAUUCGUUGUCUGCUAGCCGUUCGUCCUCCUUGUCCCCCACAGGACGAGCAGGGGAUAUCACGACGAGGCCUUCUACUAGUACUAUCACCAACUACGAACAGACGCCUCUGCUGUACCAUCAUCCUGCAGAGGUGUUCAUACCAUCUCCUUCUCCUCUGUUCGACGACGGAGCUGCAUGGAACGAGGACCAUUACGAGGACCUAAUGCCCGGACUGUCUCCGCCCACGGCCGCUGUGCUGGUCCAUCGUCUCGGAAAGCAUCAUCCACGGGGAGGGACAAGCUCUGGCGCAGGCGGUGUUGAGGCAGAAGAGGUUGGUGUUCCAGUCUUCAACACAGUAGAACCGCCCGAAAGUAGAACUUUUACUACUGACCUUGAUGCUGCGACGCGCUCCCACGUUGUUGACGACCCUGCUCGAAGCCGGACGCCGAGUCCGGGCCUCCGGCAGCCGUUCUCUCGCGGUAGAGAGAGCAGCUGGAUCAACGAUUUCCCUUCCCGCGGUGUUGAAGCGUCGUCCGCCGGAGUGUCCUCGUUCGCCCCGCGCGGCUUUCGUGUUGGGAUGAGGCAAAAAGACGACCAGGAAAGUCCCCUGGUGAGAAGUUCGUAGGAAUGAGUUGUUGUUUGGUGAGGUUCACCAGCCUAUGAUGAAUUGUUGUUUGCUAUUUCAUCUGAGCAAAAAAUCUUGUCAGCAGAAGGAAAUGACCGCUCAUAGACCUCUACUUGUUGAACAAAAAAAAUCUUCGUAAAACCUCAGGUUCCUAGCACUUCCAUCGCCUCUGAGCAGGAAGCAUUUGAAAAGGAUCAUGGGGAACAACAACGGCGCGAGACAGAGCGCCCUGGAGGAGGUGUAGUUCAUCAUCCUCCUGUGCCUCGCUCGCUCGGCGUGGAGCAUCUCUCGAUGCCUCUCCAGGGCGCCUACGCAUCGAUUCGCUUCGGGGCCUCCUCUGGUCAGAAAGACGACGCACUUCAUCUAGAUGAACGCCAGUUCUUCUAUACGACGGGAGCAGCAGGAGCAUACGAGGAAGAAGUCUUCAUGAACAGCGAGCACCCACACAACCAGCCGGUUGCUCAUCUACCUGGAGGGAAGAACAUGUUCAAGGUCCAUCACCAACCCGAACCCGAGCAGGAAAUAAAUGGAGACAUUUACGGCAAGGUCGCCAGUGCGAAGCGGAAAUGCCGGUCUUGGGGAACCAGCGCGACGAGCGGCGAGGAAGUCUUUUCGCCGGCGGUGGAAAGUAGAGACAGUCCCACGACCGGUGACGUGAGCAGUAGCAGUACCUCCGCCUCUCCGAGUGCGGGACCGCCUGCUCCAGUGAUCGUGUCGGAAGAGGACCACUUCGACGGUUCUUCAGAAAUCACUCCCACAAUCGAUUCGGACUUGGACACAAGACCCAUCCUGAACGCAAUGAUCGUGCCGUCGUUUCCGGACGGGGGUGGAGAAGCUGACUGUGCAGCAGGGUAUGCAGCAAAAAAGUAUCGACGUUCUUCUACUCCUGGAUUUCGCAUGCCAAUUUUUUUCUUCAAGAACUAGAACAGAAAGUAAAUCUGUCAUGCAUAUCUGAAGAAGCAGCUCUUCUGUUCGGUCAUGCAAAAAGUGAAGCGCCGCAAUUAGGACGCCAGGCGAACGAUACUUUUGCAAUGCAUACAACUACAGCCUCAUCGGGACGAGAAACAACUGGCGCAAGAACAAGUAGACCUUCCUGCGAUGCGCACAAGACGAUGUUGAAGAAGAAAAGAGAGCCCCUUAUGUUCAACAAGAAAAAUGUUGUUUGCGACCGCAGACAUCAGAGUCAGGAGCUGUUAAUACAAACGCCUAUUACGCCGCUGACUCGCACGCCUUCCACCAUGCCGAAGACUUCGCCCUCUUUGCUGGCGGGGGACGAAGGCGGCAUCAGCUGGGAUGACAUGCAGUCGCUGCAAUCUUUUCGCUUAGACAGUGCAGCGGACACGACCAGCAGUCGCGAGCACACGCCGCUGAGCAGACUGGGACCACGGCAGUGGUCACGCACCAGCCUCGGGGCCGCGUCUUCUUCCUCCUCCAAUUGUCCCAGAGUCGUACCUAUCACAAAAGACCACCAGCUCACGAGUCCUCGUCCUCGGCACCGACUGAGCCGCCAGUUGAGCCCUCCGACAUUCGGAACGCCUCUACUGCCGCCACAGCUGGAUGAAGAAGGUUGUGAGCCGCGACAUCUAGAAGCUGUACCUGCAGGGGGAGCGGCUUUUCACAGAGGGGCAGGUCGGGGGGGCGGCUGCGGCAACUCGAGAACAACAACUUUUUCAUCCUCUUCUCUAUCUCUGGCUACUGAUGAUCUGGUACGUAUGAAGAACGUGUUGACAAGUAGGAACACGAGGAAAAGCAAAACGAAAUACAUGAGUGGCACAAACUUGAGUACCAUCGCAAGCGAGGCAGCGGAGGAGCAUUUCAGCUGUGAUGGAUCGCCACCUGCCAGCAGGCAGAUCACGGCCGAGGGCGCGAAGGCGAACAAGACCUGCUUUGCGGCACAGGAAGAACAAGAAGCAACUUUUACCACGACUCUGAACAACGAAGUAGUAGGUCAUCAUCCGUUAUUUGCAUUCCAGCAAAAAAGUGACGCCGGGAUAAAUGCGGCGCCUACUAUUUCUGGAUCGCCGGGGGCGCAACAUCAAGAUCUUAGAUCCGACGCCGCCGAGAUGUCGUCGAGCCCACUCCUGCUUCACAACUCCGAGCGUGGUCUCAGCCGGGGGCGCGCGUCCCGAAGGUCCUCGAUUUCUAGAUCCGACAGUGCUACUCUGGGCGGCACGACCACCCAGCGGUGGACACUGACGAAGGGAGAAGGGUCAAAUGCGAAUACCGCUACCGACAUGUCGGCUGAUGUCGCAUCGAGGAAAGCAAAUACAUUCAUACCUUCGACAUCAAAUUCAAAGCAGCAGCAGCAGCAGCAGCGCAGUCAAGGAAGCGACGAGUGCUCCACCUCUAGCAUCACGCCAGCACUAGUUCUUUCGUUGUCCGGCGGAGUAUCACAUGCGCAAAAGCGACCGGAAAGGGUAAGGGAAACGAAACAGCAACAGCAGCCACAAUGCCCAGAAGUCAUUGCGCCUCGUCCACCUCCUCUGUGCGCGCAACUACUGGAGGAGCACGUGGAAAGGGAGGAAAGAGAGAGGACUUGGAAGAUCAUGAGUGGUGAAAGUGCUGACAAACUGCACGAUGACGGCACCGAUGGACCACAGACACUGUCGCGCGCGUUUGUUCAUACAUUCGCAACAUCGGCAUCGGCGUCCCACCCGUUCCAAUUUUCCUCCGAUUCCCUGCCACUGAAAAUGAUUAUGUCGCCACCAGCGCCAGCAGCACCGAGAGAAAAUAAACAAAGGCACGAGCCUACCAAGGAUCUCGGCUCAGCUGGUGCAUCUCGUCCCGUCGACCCCCAGUCCUCACAUGGGGCCUCGAAUGAGGGGGCGAACAGGAUGGUUGCCGAGCCCGAGGCAAUGACGCUCGUGCAUGAUGAUUGUCACAAUGCAGGAGAGGAAGUUGCACGUACUGGUGGCGUCGACCUCGAGCAAUGCCAAUGCGAAAGCGUGCUAGAAGUUGGGCGGAACGAACUUUCGUCUUUUUGUUCUUCAUCACCUGCGGCAGCACAUGAACCGGGGGCACUCGACGUACCAGAUACUAGAAGUUGCGGUGCAUCGAAUAACAUUACCGUUGACAUCAAAACGAGGCCGCUGUUAUCCGCCGCCAUGGCUGUCCAGGAGCAGUUGUGCGACGAGUGCGAGGGUAACAUACUUGUUCGUGAUGAAGACGACAACGAAUUUUCGAGGCAAGGAAGCGGAAAUACGACGGGUAGCACGUGGUCGCAGCACUGCACUUCAUCCCUCGGGACGAGCGAAGCUGAGGUCGAGAGGCAUUACGGUCGCUGUGUUGUAGGGCGAUAUAAAAAUCCUGCAGUUGAUGUCUCGGGACCUUUGCAGGAGCCCAUCUGCGAUGAUAUUACGAGAAAACUGCAAGAUCUGCAGUUGGAAGAACCUCAGCGCGACAAUGAGCAAGACGACCAUGCUGCAGGAAGCGCCACGAAAGGAGUGCUGAGUUGUAGACGAGAGCGAGACGAACGAGAGGCAAAGCUGCACACGAUUAAGGUCCUCGAACAGGAGUCAUACCAGUUGCCGAGUGGUUUAGGAGGUCCUGUUCCUGCACGCCGCGAUGAAACUGCUGAACCGUUGGUGCAAGAAGAAGAACAUCAGCGGCGACACGAAAUAAAUCCAAACCAGCAGCAGGAGCCUAGAUCAUGUUGUGGUCAACAGGAAGAUAGAGGUAGAGAAGAACAAAAAAUAGCAAGUACUGCAACAAUUUAUCCGUCAUCUCCGACCGGCAAGACGCUGUUGGACCACGUGAUUGAACAAAAGCCCUGUGCUCAGACGUCGUCGCAACAUCAAGAAACUUCCUGUGCCACAAAGCUGAAAGACGCUGCCGCGUGUCUGUCCGUCAAUUGCCUGCCCGGGGAUUGCGGGAAAGACGUAAUCAUCGCGGCCCACAAUGGAACGGUAAGCGCGUGUCUGAAUGAAAAUUGCAUUCGCGUGCCCCUCGAUACCAUCCUGACCGCGUGCUUCCAGCCGACGGCAAAAACGUGGGCUGACUGCAGGAAAGCGGUUCGGAGGGUAAAGGGAAAGCUGUUGGAUAGAGCGCAGGGAUUCUCGGAAAGGAUGGGGUUUGGCAAGUAUCACUGGGAGAAUCAAGGCGACUUUGUCCGGCAGUGCAGCAGCGGGGGAAGCAGUAUUUGCAGCGGUGCUGAAAGCGGUUGCUCACCAUCACCAGCUCCUUCGAGGUCGAGGAGUGCAUCGCCGACUAGGCCGCGUGCUGCUUCUAGUGACGAUGCGACCUUGCAGGAGGUUGAAGGUUCACCUAAAAUGAAUAACGCCUGCGACGCCCGACGAACUGCCGCUGCUCCCGCCAAAAAAGACGACUCAUCUGGGUUGCGAACAAAAGAACGUCCUCCGCAGCGUUCGUGCAAGAAGAAGAACAUGAAAAUUGCCUCCUGGGCCUUCCAAGAAGGACACUUUCUCGGGUGUUUUCCGUUUUUGCAGUGUCGUACGGAACUACCGGAAAUGGAGCCUGAUCGGUCGCCAAAUCAGAGCGAGACGGCAAGGGCUCGGUCGCUGAGUCCAGGCCGCAGAAAAGCACUAGUGCCGAAAAAAGCUGCAGGGGCGGGACCGGCGAGGGCCAGGGGCACGGGCAGAGCAGCUCCUGCGCCUAUGGAAAAUGUUGCUCCGUAAGGUCCUCUCUGGCGAGCGGGGAGUUGGCGGGGACUGCGAGUGGUGCUAUAAUUAACCUGAGAAACACCUCAGAUUGGAUUUCGCGGCCUGAAGUCUAUUAUCGUGUGGACAAGUGUAGUUUUGCAUUCGUUUUCUUCAACUAUGAGGACAAGAUUUUGCAAUGGGCGUUUAUAUCAUCGUUUCAUCUUAUUUUGCCAUCGGGGCUGCAGCAUAAGUUUUUUUCCUAGUUUGAACGGCGGAAAAAGUUUUUGUUACCGCGCAGCGGCAUCUACGAGUGGUUGAUGGCAUAGUUGUCUGCUACCAUGUAGUCACGCUAUGCAGGAGAGUAGAUUCUGCACAUGAUCCAAUAGUUUCUUUUGGUUACUGUGCAACGUUUCCAGCGCACACUUUUAUUUCGCGAGGGGCCCAGAGAUACCUCUGCGGAAUCACGAUGCUCGCAAGCGCAACCGAAUAAAGAAGGAGUAUGAACGUAAGUACUUUUUUCAGAGAGCAAAGUUUUGAAGGCAGCAAGCAAAAGCAUUUAGGUCGUUCUCAGACAACCUACAGCAGUUUGGUCUGACCCUAAAGAAUAUUUAGCACUACUAGACGAGCGUAGAUGGGGCCCGCUCGUCUUCCCAUGAUCGUUUCUCUGAGAAAUACUCCGAUAGCCCGAUUAUACUGCUCAGCCAUCAGCAGUUUGUCACUUUCAUUUUCCAGCAGCGUCGCAUACAACGCAUUGCGACUUGAAUUAGAUCCCAUUUAGACGAGUCGAUUUCAUUUCACUAGUUGGACCGGUGGCAAAAAGUGUUGGCAGAUGACAAGAAUUCUUCGUCUGCUAACUGUAACUUGUGAAAAAGCAGCUGGAUGAAAAUAAGAAAGAGCUCGUACCAGUAAAAUUCCAGGCGUAAUACUACGAAGGCGAAAUAAAGAGUAAUUUAUGAAAGUACAAGUAGUUAUAUUCCUUCGUUCUUCUUGAUGUCUACUCAUUAUCGCGUCUUCAGUAUUGGCAACCACGAGCGAGCGACAAGAUAGAAUAAAUUUGGCAGGAUUUCUUUUUUUUGAUGUGCGAUACUAGGUCGUCGUAGUAGAAGAUUUAUGAAGUAUAUGCCUGGUCGUCCGAGUAAUCCGACUUCUCAACAACAUUGAUUCAGAUCGGCCGCUUUGUUUUAGGGGUGCUGGUCACAGCUAUCACGAAGCGUCCCGAACCCUAUCCACUAGCACAGGAAAAACACGACAAAAACUAUGUAUGCCGAUAAAAAUGUGAUCUUUUCUUUGGAAAUCUACUUGGCAGAGCAUCUAUUACGCUCUUUCUCUUUAUCUGUUGAUACAAACGAAAUUCAAUCCUGACUCUCCACCGGCGCAUGUUGAGUUCGUUGUAUCGAAUAGCAUAAGAGUAGAAAAAAUAUUUCGCAAAAAUUUGUUCUGGAAACCCCCAAAGAAUCAAGAUUUUCACUUUUCGUAUUUUUCCUACAUGUAAGUAUGAAAUGUAGAUAAAGAUGAGGCAUGGUACAACCGAAUUUAUCAUUAUCGUCAAGGAGGUCCGCGUCCGCAAGCAGUACCAGUAGCAAACUAACCUCAAAGAAUUUGAAUUGAAAAUUUCUGAGGGUUGUUGGAUUUUGAUUUUUUCUUUUUCGUAGUGAAAAUACAAAUAGCUGCAAAAGAAUG